GGGUGUGGCAGCUCAAUCAGUCAGACCGUUAGAUCUCUUGCUACUCAGCUUUAUUCUCGUUCAUCUUACGUUGGCGACAUUGUGUUCGUUUUGUUUAACAGUUUGCUCGUAGCUUUGGGCUCUCCCCUUUCACUGGUCACUUAAUCCUACUCGAAGUAAACAUGGCUAGUCCGUUAUUGCAGCCUUCUGAAGACGUAGCGAAGCCUCAGAUACCCCUCUCGGAGCCUGCGACUGCAACGGCAUCUGAGCAGGGCGAGGCACAAGAAGUUGAAAGGUUCAACCCGGGAUGGCGCUUCCUGGCUGCUUUUGGUAGUCUUUGCAUUAUAACGCUCAUGGCGGCUCUAGAUGCUACUUCGAUAUCAGUCGCACUUCCAAUCAUGGCCAAAGCACUAGGCGGAUCUGCGAUUGAAGCGUUCUGGAGCGGGACUUCGUUUCUAUUGACAUCGACUAUUUUCCAGCCGGUCCUCGGAUCGUUCUCGCACAUCUUCGGAAGAAAGAUAUUGAUCUAUAUUAGUCUAGGAUUCUUUCUUGUAGGAUCCAUUGUUCCCGCUGUUGCUGGAAACUUCACCGUCAUCCUGGUAGGCCGUUCUAUCCAGGGCGUCGGAGGCGGAGGCAUCAUUUGCUUGACAGAGAUGGUGGUCGUUGACACUGUCCCUCUGCGUGAGCGAGGAAAGUGGCUCAGCUUCUUUGGUGCCAUGUGGUCGAUCGGCACUGUGGCUGGACCUCUUCUCGGUGGCGGCUUCUCGCAAAACGUCACUUGGCGGUGGAUUUUCUGGAUCAACCUUCCGUUCAUCGGCGUUGGCGCUGUCAUGAUCGCCGUCUUCCUCAAGCUCAACCAGAAGCACGGGGGCUUCCUUGCUAAACUCCGUGAAGUGGAUUGGGUUGGCAUGGUGCUCUUCGUCGCGUCUACAACAUCAUUCUUAAUUCCCGUCACCUGGGGCGGAGUGCAGUAUCCUUGGGACUCGUGGCGCACGCUUGUGCCGCUCAUUGUCGGGGCUGCCGGCAUGGUUGGCUUUGUCUUGUACAUUGAGUUUGUGGCCGCCAACCCGCUCAUCCGCACAUCGAUCUUCAAGAACAUGUCUGCUUGCCUCCUCUACAUUGCCACGGUAAUUCACGGCAUCAUACUGUGGGCGAUCCUGUACUACCUGCCGCUUUACUUUGAAGCGGUCAAGGAAUUUGGGCCGAUUCUCACCGGAGUGGCCUUGUUCCCGUGGACAUUUACAGUUGCGCCAGCCUCGAUCGUGACUGGUAUCGCCAUCGCCGUGACGGGCACGUACCGGUGGGCCAAUAGCCUGGGAUGGCUCCUUGCUACACUGGGCAUGGGCCUCUUGAUCGUAAUUAAAGUUGACACGUCUACGGUGGCAUGGGUGUUCCUCUGCUUGGUGGGUGGCCUAGGAACAGGUCUCCUCUUCCCGGCUAUGGCCUUGGGGGUGCAAGCCAGUGCAACGGCAAAGGACCAGGCGUACGCCGCCAACAUGUUCUCCUUCUUGCGGGUAUUUGGGCAGACGCUUGGAGUAGCCAUUGGCGGCGUGGUGUUCCAAAAUCAGAUGAAGAGCAAGAUGCUGACAUAUCCUCUGCUGGCCGACUUGGCGGGCGCGUAUUCCCAGGAUGCUGCGGGCCUAGUCCGGAUCAUCAAGGAGAUGGAAGGUGGCGAAAUGAAGGAGCAGCUCAAGGAAAGCUACACGUAUGCGCUGAGAUACAUCUGGAUUGUUAUGCUGGUGUUCAGUGCAGUCGCUCUGAUUAGCAGCUGGUUCAUCAAGGCUUACGACUUGAAUGGGGCUAUGGACCAAGAGCGAGCAUUUGUGGACAAGGACAAGGACAAGGAUGUGGAAAAGAGCAACCAGGCACAGGCGUGAGGGUGCCAGGGGCGGGAAUGUACGUACUAUGGUUGGGGCGGUGUUUUGUUUAGGGGCAGCCCAGCGCGGCGGACAUAGACGAUGGCUGGAUACAUCUAGAUGUAAAGGAUAGACGGUGAGACAUGUGUUGCAGGGUAGUAAUGUAUAAUUUGUC